AUGGCGCCCGAAACGAAACCAGUGAAGAAGGAUUCCCGGGCAUGGGACGCUCUGACUCCCCCGCUCGCCGAAUGGAUCCUCGACUAUCUAUCUAGUUCAGGGUUUGCGCGCAUGACACCAGUACAAGCCGCGGUGAUUCCUCUGUUCAGCUCAAGCAAGGAUGUGGUCGUCGAGGCUGUCACAGGCAGUGGCAAGACCCUCAGCUACCUGAUCCCCAUCAUCAACCGACUCCUCCGCCUCGAGCCGACGAAAAACCGCCAUGUGGCUGCCGUCAUAGUGUCGCCGACCCGUGAGCUGGCGUCGCAGAUCUUCAAAGUGCUUACGGACCUCCUGCGCUUCCACGCGAUCUCGAGCGAACUCCUCCCUUACUUGGACGGCGACGAAAAGCGACCGCCGACCACCGAACCCUUCAUACUACCACAGCUCCUGGUUGGCGGCACGACGACGCCGGCGCAAGAUCUUAGUUUCUUCCUGCGCCAUAGUCCGAAUGUGCUCGUGGCGUCGCCCGGACGGCUGGUGGAACUGCUGUCGUCGCCUCACGUCCACUGCACGCAAUCGUCGUUCGAAGUGCUCGUCCUCGACGAGGCCGACAGACUGCUCGAUCUUGGUUUCAAGCAAGACUUACAGGGGAUCUUGAGUCGCCUCCCCAAACAGCGGAGGACAGGCUUGUUCUCCGCCAGCGUUAGCGAUGCCGUGUCGGAGAUCAUUCGAGUCGGUCUACGGAAUCCCGUCAAGGUCGCCGUCAAGGUCAAGAGCCUAACCACCGGAGGCGUGAUAGAAGAGCGAAAGACGCCGGCGAGUUUGUCCAUGAAGUACUUGCUUACGCCUGCGAGCCAGAAGAUGCCAGCUCUUGCCAAGAUACUGGAGCAGGUUGAGCCGCGCCCACAAAAGAGCAUCGUCUUUCUGUCAACAUGCGCUGCCGUGGAUUACUUUCAGCAUGUGCUGCCCGAGUUACUGCCAGAAGGUUUUGCCUUGGUACCGCUCCAUGGCAAGCACCAAAGUCAGGUCCGACAGAAGAAUUUCGCAAAGUAUCUCAACUCGACACAGCCUACAGUUCUUCUGACCACCGAUUUGGCUGCAAGAGGAUUGGAUGUGCCACAGGUGGAUCUGGUAGUGCAAGUAGAUCCCCCAUCAGACCCCAAGGUGUACCUGCACCGCUGCGGACGAGCAGGCAGAGCCGGAAGGAAAGGUCUGUCGGUCAUCUUCCUCCAGCCAGGAAAGGAGGAGGACUACGUCCCGUUCCUAGACAUCCGCAAGACACCAAUCACGCCGUUGACAGUGCCGGAGAUUAAAGUCACGGAGGUAGAGGUGGAUGAGGCAGCAAGCAAGAUCAGAGAGGUCGUCAAGCAAGACCGCGCUCUAUACGAAAAGGCACAACGAGCCUUCGUCUCAUGGGUCAGGAGUUACAGCAAGCACGCGGCCAGCUCCAUCUUCAGGACUGAGGACUUGGACUGGACCGACCUCGGCAAAUCCUGGGGCCUGCUCCGCCUGCCCAAGAUGCCCGAGGCCAAGGGGUUCGACGGGGACAAGACCUUUGGCAUCAAGAUGGACUGGGACGCGUUCGCAUACAAGGACAAGUCCCGGGAGGCGGCGCGGAAGGCGGCGCUCGAGGCCGAGGCGGACCCGGCGAACGAGGAGCGGGCCGAGUCGAUCAAGGCCAAGCGCAAGCGCAACGCCGAGGCCUGGAGCGGCAAGCACGAGCAGGAGGAGACGCGGACGGUGCGGCGCGAGAAGCGGCAGAAGAAGCGGGACGCCGAGCGCAAGGGAAAGAUGACGGACGAGGAGAUGCUCAAGGAGCGCGAGCUCGAGGAUCUGCUGGCCGAGGUCAGGAAGCAGAACCAGCUGAAGUUUGCCCAGGAGGCUGGCAAAGCUGGCAAGGCCGGUGGUGAUGACUUUGAGGGAUUUGAUUGA